AUAUAUACUAUAUAAUGAUAAGCAAAUGCGUUGACAUUUGCAUUAGAUCAUGUGUUUUCCCCUCCAUAACUUUGAUAGAUUCGUUCCUAUUAAAGUGGUUGAGAUAUAAGGCUGGGUUUUCCUGUUUGCUGACAUUGAGGCUGCGAUUCCGAUAGAAGCAACAAUGAGCAACGGCAGACCGGUUUUUGAACCUCUUGGAGAUUUUGUGAGAUCAGCUGGUACGUUCACUGGUGAGAACAUUUCCUCUGUGGGAAGAGGUGUUGGAAAUGGAAUAGGAGCAGUUGGAAAAGGAGUUGGUAAUGCUACAGAAAGUGUUGUCAGAGGUGCUGUUACCGCUAGUGGAGCUGUCAUAAAUGGAGUUACAAAACCAUUUAUUGACAUUUUCAAGAGAUAAAAAAGAAAUUAUGGAAAUCGUAAUGUUAAUAUAUUCUACAGUAGUAAAUUUUUUGUAGUUCUCAACAUAAUCGAUUUUAGAAUGGAUUUGUCAACCAAUUAAAAUAAAACUUUGUUUUUUAAAUUAUUAUUUUAUUAAAAUUCUUUAAAUAAUCUGAUAAUUUCAACCUGGUGAUAUGAUUCAAUAUAUAUAUAGAAGUUUCAGAAACAGUAAAAAACUGAGUUGAUAAUUAUAUUUACCUAUUUAAUGUAACUGUUUAAUAUUUUUUAAUUUGUGAAUUACCUUCUAAUUUAAAUUAUUACACACACUUAACAUUAUUUCUAACUUCAUAUUAUUGACCUAAGAUUUAAGUGGUCUGCAAUUUCCAAUAUUUUGUUAAAUAUUAUUCAAAUAAUAAUAUUAUAUAUUAUUCACACUUUCAAAUAAAAAAUAAUAUCCCAAUGUUAAAAAAAGAUUUUUUUUAAUGUACCAUUUUCUAUAUCAGACAAGCUUACGUAUUUCCAUUUCAUCUUUUACUACACAAACUGUACUCCUAUAUAACUGAUUGUUCAGUUAAAUGUUGUUGCAAUGUAUCUCUGAUUUUAAAUAUGAUAUUUCAAUUUUUAAACCUCUAAUCCAAUAAAAUCAGUAAAAGCAUGAGAAAAUAAUCCCAAAUUUUUUUGUUAAAAAAGGAAAUAGUUUUCUAAUUGAAUAAAUUUUGAGAGUAAAAAAUGCCUUAUAAUCUUGGGGGGAAUGUGCUCUACUGGGUAUAGGUAUAUUAUAUUGUUGGAUAGUUGAGCAUUUUAGAAAAAACAAUAUCUAAGAUACAAAGUCAUAGAAACUAAUAAAAAGUGACAAAAUAAUUAUCUAUCUUUAUAAUAUAAUACAAUAGUUUUCCACCUUAAUGAUCCCUUUUCCAGCUCUCGUGAGCGAUGAAUUUUGAUCAUCAUCAUCAUCAUCAUAUGUGGCACGACAUCCCGUUACCGAGACUGGGCCUCCUCCAAGAGCCUCCGCCAGUUGGCUCUGUCUUCUGCUGCAGCUCUCCAGUUCCCGGGGUUCUCGCAUCAUAGGCCACGUUGUCUAACCAUCUUGUCCUCGGACUUCCUACCCGUCUUACGAGGAGCAGCUCCUGCAUCAUUAUUUUCUUUGGUAUUUCAAUGGUGCUCAUUCUGGCCACUUUUGAUAAAUGAUGAAUGAUGAAUUUUGAUAAAUGAGCUAUUAAACCAAAGGGUAUUAAAUGGAGCAGUGACCAAUCAUAGUAACAACCACUCAAAAUUUCAGUGAAAAAAGUUAUGAAUGACAAGAAACUUUAUUUGCGAGUAACAUAAAUACUUGCAAAUACAUUUUUUUCUUGAUUAGACCCAUGAUAAUUUGAAAAUUUACUAAAUUCUCUACAAAACAAAUUGGACCAUUAUUUACAAAGAUACAGCCUAUAAUCAUGAACACAUAUUUAGGAUUAUUAGUUUGAUUGAAUUUAUGUAAUUUGACUGAGAAAAAAGAUAAUUAUUUCUUCUCUCUUAUAUAACAUAUCACUAACUUAUUUUUAUAUUAUAUUAGUUGUUCACUGUCCAAUAUUCUAUGCAAAUGAUUCGUACAUACCAAGUAGUGAAUAAUUUCUAAAAAACUAAUAUUAUUUAAUGUAAAACUAAUGUUUCCAAGGAUAUGAAAUGAAAUUUCCAAACUAAAUGUAAACUUUUAAAAUUAUUUUAAGUUUAAAAAAAAUGUACAUUAAAUCCAUCAAAUCAAGACAAUGAAGUAGUUAAUAAUUUUUUCAUUGUACUUGUAUAACAGAAGAAGUGAAAUAUAAAAAUAUUUCAUGGAUGUGUAAAAUAUGUGUUUAUAACCUGAAGUAUAUUUACUGUAGUUUUAUAACUUGAGUUCUGAUAAUAUGUUUAAAUAAUUAUAGAUCUAUCAUCGGUUAAUUUAAAAAAAAAAUCAUCAUUUAGCAGUUUUUAAAAUAGUGAAUAAUUUGAUGUAUUUUUCCUUUGUAUGAUCACAACACAACAUUAUCCACUUACAACUAGUGUGAACUACGAAUGGUAAGCAUAAAUAUCAGUCUCAAUUAAUUUUAGCAUUUUGUAGGGUAGCAUUUCGCUUUUAUCACAGCAUUGAGUCUUCUUGGCAUCGAUUCUAUGAGCCUCUUAGUCUCCUCUGGUCCAAUUUCUUCUCAAGCUUUCUUAAGAUUGUUUAUUAAGUCAUUCCGAGAGAAACAAAAGUAUUUUCAGAUUUUCAAUUCCAGCAGCACCCAUAAAUUUUCAAUUGGAUUAAGAUCUGGUGAUUGUGGAGGUGUUUUGAGCAUUUAGCGAACAUUAUAUAGCAGACAUUCUUUGGUAUUAUUGGCCAUAUGCUUGAGAUCGUUGUCCUGUUGAAACAUUUACAUGUCCUCCAUUCCAAACUUUUGAGCACUUUUAUUUAAAUAGCAUCGCAACACAUCCACAUAUUUGUCAGCAUUCAUAACUCCGUCAUUAAAGGCUAGUUCACCAACUCCUGCAGCACCCAUGCAGCUGCAAACCAUGGUAUCCCCUCCGUGCUUCACUGUGGGUUGAAGAUUUUGGUGCCCAAAUAUCUUUCCUCUAAACAUAUAUUUUUUCAUCAUAUCCAAAUAUAUUAUACUUGCUUUCAUCUGAAAACAACAAAUUUUCCCAAAACGCAUAAGGUUUAUUUACAUGUUCUCAGACAAACUCCAGCCUUUUUUUCUGUUUUUUUUCCGUUUAUAGAAGGUUUUUUUCUUACCGUUCUACCUCUAUAACUUCAUGUAGCCGAUUCCUCAUGGUAUGAAGUAAAGAUUUCCCAUAAGCUGGCGCAACGUGAGACGAAAUUUCUCAAGCACUUAAUUUGGGAUUUUUUGCCACAAUACGUACAAUUUCACGAGAUUCUUGCACUAUCAACAAGUGUUUUCUCCCUGGGCGGGGUUGUCCACUGAUCAGUUUUUAAAUUCUUUUAUAAUGUAAUGCAUUAUUGUAUGAGGUAGUCCGAACUUUUUUCCAAUAUUCCGCAAACUUAUACCCUGUUGAAAAUACAUCUUUAUGAUGAGAAUUCAAUUCUUUGGACAUACGGUCCAUAGCCAAGAAAAAUUCCUUAGUACUGAACUGAACAAGCAAUUUCUUGUUCAUUUUUAUCAUUUAAUUCUCUGAGGUAAAGAAUUAUUAAUGUAACGUUAAAACACUGUUUUGAUAACAAAAUUUAUUGUAUUAUUAAUACUUGCUCUAGUGUACGAAUACCUUUUUUGUGUGUAAAUUAUGUACAAAUGAAAUAUUAAUGUUAUAAAAGUUGGAUGAGAUUUUAAGUUUUGGUGUUACUUAAAAUUUACACAAAAUGAAGUUUGUAAUUGAUAUAUGCCAUUAUUUCAAGUUAAAAAAAAUAAAAUGAACCGUUUCUGCCAAAAAACAGGCUAUACGAAUACUUUUUAUGUCCACUGUAUAUAGCUCAGAGACUGGAGCUAUAAGGUUUACAAAAACAGAUAUUGAGAUAGGAUACAGUGGUUGAGUUAUAAACCAUACAUGGGCAUAAUCAACGAUUACGUUUACAGUGAUCUGUUUACUGAUUACAAAUAUAUUCAGGUAAUUGUAUCACAUUUUUGCUAUUUUGAAUCAAAUAUAUAACUGGAAUGGUCAUUCCAGGUUUAAUCAUGAUACAUUGAUUCCGAUUUUGCCCAUCUCUGUUAUAAACAGAUUGAGGUAUGAGAUUUUUCUUGCAUACCCUGGAAGUAAUAAAUAGGGUUUGUAUUAUUUUAAAAAUACACUUCAAAUACUUUAUAAUAACCCAAUGUUUCAGAAAAUAAUUUCUAUUCAAAGUAGAGUAAUUAUGAAGUAAUAAUUUCUAUUGACUGAAUUAUGUGAAAAUUUCCUAUUGAUUCUAAUUUUUAAUAGUGCCAAUGAAUAGAGACUGAUUAGUGCAUUAAAUUGACAUAAAUAAAGUUUUACAAAUAAAUAAAUAGAUAUAUUGAGAAUACUUUGGAUAUAAAAAAUAAAUAUUAAAUAAUUUUCAUAAACUUAUUUUAAUAAAAAAAAAAAUCUAAUAUUAGAUCUAAUUCCUUCAAAUGAACCAAAUCUAAUGGCAUCACAGUUUAUGAUCAAUGAUUUAAACAUUAUUCAAUUAACACCUUGGAUAUUAAAGGAAAUAAACGAACUAAUAAGUACUGGGAAAGAAUUUAAAGGGGUUGGAAAAAUUUAAUCACGAGAAGGGUUUUUAAAUAUAAAACAGAUAAUAUAUUUUACACAUAAUGAUAUUUUAAACUUGUACAGUAAACAAAUAAUUGUUACAUUUUCUCAUACAUUUAAAUACUAUAUCGUACACUCACUCAAUAUUGUUUAUAAAAUAUAUUCUGUACAUAGGUAACAUGAAAAAUAUAAAUCACGAACUAAGUUUAAGAAAAAUAAAAUUAAUAUAUGCAUAGGUCAUGAAAGCCAAAUUAUACAAGGUAACUCUAUUUCCUAAAUUUAAAGCAGUGUUUUUUUUUUCUUUUUUUUCUUUACAAUUAUUAUUGACAUUUAUAUUUACAAAGAUAGUUAGAAAAUUAAAAAUAGUACAUCGAAAUAAUUACAACAGCAAUAAAUAUAAUUAAUAACAGGCAUGCUUCUCAUUAAUAUAAUGUGAAAUUUUUUCACAAAAAAUUUCCACAAAAAUUUAAACGGAAGUUUUCACAUGAAAAAAACAUCCUGCCUAUUGUAUAUCACACUUUAAUGUAUAAUUAAUUAUUCCUAAUCAAAAACAGAUUAAUUCUACUGAACAGUCUUUUCAAUAAAAAUAACUUUGUUAUACAAAGUUAAAUAAUAUCAGAAGUAAAAUAAAAAAUAAAAAAAAUAGAAGAAAAGAUAACAUUUAUUUCUGUAAUCAAUAAACACAUAUAAAAUGAUUUAGAAAAAAUUUCGGCAGGUUUUUUUUUUAAUAAUAUUUCUUUUUAUAAAACAUAACAUUUUUGGCAUUAAAUUUUUAUUGUAUACAAAAAUUUAAGAGUCUUUUCUCAAAAAUUAUUUUGGCAUUUAUAGGAAUUCUCAUUCACAUGAGCCUGUAAUGACACAAACUUUUCAAAGUUAGGAGACAAGUCACCCAUCUUUCACUUAGCUUUUGGACGAAUGCGUAGUCAAUGCUAGAAAAAUACUGACACAUAAUCACUUCUCUUUUCAAGAGUUCAUCCAAGAUUUAUUCACAUAUUCACAAUGUUUUUUUUUUCUUUUUUUUUCAUUUAUUAAUAAGAAUGAAAUAUAUUCCUCUAAAAAAAUAAAAAAUGAAAUCGUCAUUAGUAGACUGUUUCUUUAACAACAUAGAAAAACUGUAACAAAUUAGCAGCUUAGUUUGUUAAGGAAAGUAUCCUGAUGUUGAAGAAAAUCAAUCAAAUUUUCAAAUCUGUAAGACUUUUCUCAUAUAUUUAAAAUAGUUGCUGCUUUUCAUAAGCUAAUUUUUUAUCAUAAAAUUUAGAACAAAUCUAAAUAUACCAUUCCAAAAUCAAAUGAAAUAAUGAAAAUGAAAACAAUGAAUAUUUUAAAGUAAUAUUGUUGGAUUUAAUUUUCAUAUAGAUAGGUAUCUUAUACAUAUAUAUUUUCUUUGGUGCACAUAUUAUUUUUUUUUAUGGAUUCUACAUGCAAACACUUAAACAAAUAUCAAUGAAACAGUGUUUAGUAUCAUGCUUAAGAGAAACUAUCCAUAGCUCUAAGUAUAUUAAUUAUAUGUGUAUUAUAUUUUACAUCUAGAUCAUGAUAUCUUUUAAUCUAUUGACCAUAGAAAAUUUAAACAUUUAUAUAUUGUUUUCAUGAACACAUUUAGUGACAAACUCAGAUAAAAAAUUCCAUUGAAUGUUCAUGUUGUCACUAUCUGGAAAGUUUGUCACAAAACUCGAUAAAAUAAUUUAUUCAGAAAAAUGCUACUUUUCAGAAGAUCUAGGUAUAGAUUGAUACAUCACAGAAAAGUACAUUAUAUUUUUAACUGAAGAUGGCAAAUUAUCAUUUAUUUUCUUUUAGCAAAAGUACAAACUCAAUGUUUUUAUUGAGCAUUGGUUUAAAAAAAAAAUUCUCAAUCAUUAUAAUAAUUAUGAUAAUAGUAAUAUAGCACCAGGUAAUUAAAAAAUGCAAUCCUCGAAACAAAAUUAUCCCGGGACAAAUGCUGAUUUUGUCUCUUACCAAUGAAGAGGCCAUAAAUGGUUCUGUACCACAAGUACGCACGUAGGCCAAUGAAAUACUUAUCUCAGAAACAGUCAUUAAAGUUUGUUUAUUCACAAGCAUUUUCAUCAAUCGAAAAAAGAUAAUUUUCAAAUAGAAAAUGCUUACAAAUCUUAAUUUUAUAACAAAUCGAAUAACUAUACAUAUUCUUAUAAUAAUAGUCUCUUUUUCAAUAUAAAUAUAUAUUAUAUACAUAAGCUCUAAAAAGUCAUUAGUACAAAACUUUAAAUCUGUGCUCAUCAUUCAUUAUAGUUUUUUAACACAUAUAAUUCGGGUAUUAGACACACCAAUUAAAUAACAUUGCAAAACAGUGUGAAAUAUAUAACACAAUAUCAUAGGAACACAUACAUAUAUAUUCUAAACAUCUCAAUCUAAAAAUUAAAACAUUCAACAAUUGGACCUCUCGGGUAUAUCCAUGAGUUAAAAACAGUCAUAAAGGAAAUACAUCUAAUAACACCCCAAAUUAUAAAGUUAAACUAACUAUAAUACUGUGAUUUUGUUUUUGGGCGGGCUGUUUGGAGGGGCAGUCUCACUUAUCGAGCUUUUUUCACAAAUCUUAUGUUAUAUGGGUCCUCUGCAAGUUCUGGGUAUCGCUGUGCAUCUCGAAUAUGUUCUCCAUCAAAUCCGCUGACGAAGCCAGACUUGAGGAGUUCUUCUACUUCUACUUGAGCCCAUUCACGUGUAGUAGGGAGCCCAUUACGAAGUGCAUCCCUCUCUUUAUGCCACAACUUUCGCAGUGCUGCAGCCUUUGCAUGGUGCAAUAAGCGUUGCUUUUCCCUCUCAAUAGUUGUACCAUACCUUAAAUUGAUAAUGGCAUUUGGCCGAUGUAUCUUGACAUCCAAUACCUAUAA